AGCUCCUUCAUCAUUCCAGCCUCUGACGGCCAUUUGCAUCGAUACCUUGGGAUAGUUCGCAGCACGUUAGUCCGACAUCGUCGCUACAAUUUUCUUUUGGUUUUUUGAGGUCUGCUGCCUGUUGAUAUCGACUUUCCCAGCCACCCCCUGCGCUGCAACGGGGCAGAGACGCCUGUUAGCCGAGGAAGUGAGCGAUUGAGAUUCUCGUGAUCAACACCACGGAAGCCGACUUCGUUACGCAUCUCCAGUGCCGGUUUCGCGACACCGCCGGCCUCUGGAUGGGACCUGCGGGAUUUAUGCAGGAUCUCAUCCGGCACUGGCCCGCCAUUCAUCAUGGCGUUCAGGCACCGAUACGACGGGGACCGGCGGUCCAGAUCUCCUCCUCGAGGAGAUCGCUCCCCGGACCGCUUUGAUCGGGCAUCACACUAUAGCGAUAGCGAUAGGCGCCGUUCGUCUGCAGAAGCCAGAACAAAUCCGGCGCCAUUCUCCCAAGGUAGGGACGUAUUCGCGGAUCCGUUGCGCCGAGAACCUCCUCGUGGCCCCAAGGCGCUGAUAGAUCCUCCCGCCGGGCCGAGAGGAGGAGGGUUUGCCGGCGACUUUAGAGGCGGACGGGGGCGAGGGAGAGGAGGGAGAGGGUGGCCUGGCAGAGACGACAGCCGCGAUAGGGGAAGGGACAGAGACAUCGACUUUCGAGACCGAGACCGAUAUCGAGAUGAGAGAAGCCGGGAGCGAGAACGGGACUGGCGAGAGCAGAGAGACUUCAGGCUGCGCAGAUCACCAAUUGGAAGAGCACGAUCGCCGACGCGAGAUUUUCGUGAUCGGGAUAUCCCUCCGGGGCUAGACGCAGACAGGUCCCGUCGUGGUUCUCGUGAUGGUGGCCCUCCAUCAGCCGGCUCUUCAUCGUCCGAGCCUGUUUUCAACGCACCACCAUUUUCUCGAGGUGGAGGCUUCCGUGGACGAGGCCGUGGACGAGGCGACUGGCCUAUUGAGAGAGGACGAGGACGAGUCCCGUAUGACGACCGUAACGACCGCUACCAGCGCAGUCGCUCUCAGGAAGGCCGUUGGGCACGUGAGCGCGACGAGCGCGAGCGUCCUGACAGAUACCCAGAAGCUCGCGACCCACGCGAUGAGAGGGAUCGAGGGGAAAAUCGUGAGCUCUUCCGUGCCAAAGUGGAAGCGCGAGCGGCUCAGGAAUCCGCCGCGCAAGUCAAAGACGUUUCACCCCCUCCUGUAGCACCAUCCGCCCCGGCAUUUGGAUCUGUGCCCAACCGGGCUCCGAGUACUGGCGAUGCGCAGGCUACCCCGGCCGCUGUCACGACUAAGCCACCACCGACUGCUCCCCGCGCCUUUGGAGAGCGUCCGGUGUCUGCAGGGCAGGCUUCUGGAGCUCCCGAGACUCCUCAGCCACCCACUGGACCCUCAAAAGUCUUACCGCACGACAGCCCUCCUAUCCCUCUGGGCCCCAGACUGCAGCAACCCAAGCCCCCUCGCCCAUCGAGCAAACAAUGGAUCAAUCCGAGUCUGAAGAAACAGCCACCCGAGUCGCCCAAGGUAAUGAGAUCGCAAAGCUUCGUCCAACAACGACCAAUCCCACCUCAACCUCCGCUGCAACGGGGCAUCUCACAAGUUGAUACCUCUGACCCAAGGCGACCGCGUAGUAGUGAUGAAAAGUCAGAUCCUUACUUGGGGGUAGAGAAUAGAAUGCGAGCUCAUCAUAGUGAGGAACCGGGCGAGAUAACUAUACGAAGUGAACUCGAAAAGCCACUGCCAAAUGACGUGGCCGAUUACGAACCGCCAGAAUCGAUGGAUCACGAUGCAAAACCUCCUGCAUCUCCGGCGCACUCUGUUGGACAGCCUUCUACUUCCUUGAAGCUUGACUCACUUCCAAAGCCGCAGGAAAAUGGAGCGACCGAAGAAACGAAAAGCCCUGCUGAGGCAGCGCCUGUGAAACGAAAGCACAAGCCGCUCAAGGUCCGCGCCGUUCGAUUUUCUCUACCUCCGAAGAAAACUCAACCGCAAGAGCCUCCCGAAUCCGACGACGAAGAUAUGGGCGAUUAUUUCGAUAUGGAAAUCAACAAGACCGAAGCUGAAUUGAGCAAACUGCAAAAGCCGGACUUGCCAGUGGAAAUACUUAGGCGUUACAUGGCUCUAUCGCAUGGGUCAAUGGUACAAAUACUGAACGAAGGAGAAGGAUUGUCAGAGAUGUUGGGCGAAAUUCCAACCAGUCCCGAGCCCGUGGUCGAAAAGAUGGAAAUUGAACCUGCCGAGAUACAAAACGAAGAGCCCCCUAUUUCUCACGACGAGCCUCUUGUGUCAAAAGAAACUGAGGAAACCACUCAAGUGAAAGAGCCUGGCCCUGGUAACGAUCAACUUAUUCCAGCCCCAGUUGAAGAAGAGAAGGAGGAAAAGGUUGAACAAGUUAUUCCGCAAGAGCCAGAGGAUCGCCAGCCCAAGGCGGAAGAAAUGGACAUCGAUGACGAACCGAGGCUUCCACCCCCUGAGCCUAAUAACGAACCGGAGCCGAUGAUCGAAACUACGAUAGACGGCUCUACCAAAGAAGAUAAAGAAGCCGAAGUUGUUCCGACCGCCGAAGAGACCUUGGCACCUAUUGACGAAGCCACCACCUUGUUGAAACCUGUCGAAAUAGAGACCAAGCCUCCAAGCACUCCAUCCCAAGUAGCAGACGAAGAUGACGAGACAGAAACCGAAGAUGAGGCGUACAUGGAGGUCCAAGCUGCUGCUGCUGUUGCCACUGUCCGACGAUAUAUGUCAACACCGCCUGUGGACAGUCUUCCCGACGAAUAUAGUGAUCACCCGCUCUGGUACCAAGAUAGGGAAUUCUUGGCAACGUUGGAAUCGGACCCUGUUGUUGAUAAUUUCGUUGCCAUGUAUCUUGAGAAGGUGCACCUCGAUAGAUCGACCGAACAACGGCGCGCACAGGAGGAGUAUGCUGAAAACUACAUGCAAUAUCUUGAGUAUACCAUGUCGGAUGACCCUGUGGCAACAAAGAGCAGAGAUAAGUUUUCGGUCUCGGCUCCCUCAGAUACUGCAGGUACUCCAACGCCUGAGCAGAAACCGGAGGGCAGGGGAACAGGUAGAAGAUUUGCUACAGAGCGUGACCUUGAACGUGUACUUCAAGCCUCCAUGCGAGAAGAUGAGGAGAGAAAAGAACGAGAGUUGCGAAUCCAACAGGAAAAGUAUCGCAGCGACAAGGAAGCUGUAAUUCCGGACAUGUACUGGGACGAUUUGGAAAAGCAACAAGUUCAAUACCUUGAUCAGUCGGGAUUCACCCCCCCAGAAAAGCUUGUUGCUGCAUGGCAUGUGUUUCAACCCGUCAACAACUUCACAGAAGAGGAAGCCCAUCUUUUCGAGAAGCGCUAUCUGGAGUGUCCCAAGCAAUGGGGUAAGAUUGCUGAGGCUCUUCCAAAUCGUGACUUCCGCGCCUGCAUUCAGUAUUAUUAUCUGAUGAAGGGAGAGCUGAAUCUCAAAGAAAAGUUAAAGAAGCAGCCAAAGAGGCGGAAGAAGGGUGGCCGGGGCAAACAGAGAUCCAGCGCCUUGGUCUCGGAGCUCGGCAACGGCGAGCCGGAAGGAGAAGAGACACCUCAGGAAAACGGCGAGAAUGGAGAAAGGCGAAGGCCACGACGAGCUGCUGCUCCUACGUGGAACUUCGAACAACCUCAGACGGACGGCGAGAGCACCCCUGCUGCAACUCCUGGGCGUCGCGGGGCAUCUGCUGCUUCUAGAGGUGACCAGCCCGAAAAGGUGGAUGGAAGGAAGGGAAGACGAAAGGCCAAGGAUAAGGACAAAGACAAGGAAAAGGAAAAGGACAAAGAGGCCAAGGCGUCCAAGCCAAACCAAACACUCGCCGCCGCGCCGGGACCCGCAGCCGGGAAAGGAAGAGGCCGAGCCGAUUCCCGCCCAGUGGCUGCGGAAUACCUGCCGGGCCCUCCUCCUUCCGACCCUCAUCGUUUGCCGGUGCAGUACGAACAACCCUUGCAAGCAGGUAUCCAGCCACCGUUUGCCGUGCCGCAGCCACAGCUCAUUGAGAGGCCAAAGCCUGUAGCCGUCCCUGGAUCCAUCACAGAAGUCAUGGCAGCACCUUCACUUCGACCAGAACCACCGCCACCUCCUCCGUCAUCCAUCACCACCUUUAACUUGACGCAGGCCAUCCCUGAACGGAAGCAGCUAUCUCAGGCAUCGAGCUAUUGGAGCGUGUCUGAAGCCAAUGACUUCCCACACCUUCUAAGAGCAUUCGGUACUGAUUGGUCAGCAAUUGCGAAAUACAUGGGUUCAAAGACAACAGUCAUGGUGAAGAAUUACUACGUUCGACAGAAGGAUUCUGGAAAACCAGAAUGGGAGGCAAUUGCUCAAGAGGCGGAUGCGAAGCGAGCUAGAGGAGAGAAAAGGCCUGAUCCUCCUGUGCCCACCACUGGUGGGCGUGGUAGGAGAUUUGAAGGCACCGCAUCUGGUACUUCGAGGCCUAUUGCGGUGGCUCCAGGAGUUGCCGACCCUCAUGGCGAUCUUCCACAGCCCAAGGUUGAACCCGCGCCUCCUCAGCCAUUGAGGCAAACGCAGCAUAUACCUAGUUACGGAGUGCCGAUUGCCCAGGCUCCGGCCCAGGCUCCUCUAGCACAACCUAACCAGGCACCUCUUGCGGUACCGGUUCAUUCAGUGCCCCAAGCCACGCAGCAAUCCAUAUCCCCCAAUGCCCGCACCUUGCACCAAGCGUUGCCGCCUUUCGGCUUCCCAGAACGCGAGCGCGAACCUGCUCAACCCCAGCGAGUCCCGCUACCGCAGAAGCCUUCUGCUAGCCAAGUUCCAGAACUCCGAGACUCUCGCCCCUUGUCUGUGGCACAGCCUCUGCAGCCAGCACAUUCCGAUGUGCUUGCGGAACGUGAACGUGCUGCUCAGCUAGACCGGAUGAAUAUGGAGAAGCGGUACAGAGAGCAACAGCAAAGAGAACAGCAACACAGAGAGCAACAGCACAGGGAGCAGCAGCAUAGGGAGCAACAACAGCAGCAACAGCAACAGCAGCUCAUGCGUGAAAGGGAAAUGGAAAUGGAGCGUGAACGUGAGCGCGAGAGGGAGAGGGAGAGAGAACUCCGACAAGCAGAGCAGCAAUCGAUGAGAAUGAAGCAGGAAUCUGAAGCACCACUCCAUCGUUAUGAACCGUAUGGCGGCCAUCGACAGCAGCUUAGCCACGGCGGAGGCCCUCGCGAGCCAUUUUCACUAACGAGACCAUCAUCCCAAGAACCUCGUUCUGUUGCUCCUCAACCGUAUCCCACGUCGGUUCCGCCACAGCAGCCAAUGCGGUCGCUGCUUUCUGACCCCGUAGCGGUACAGUCACCUCCACUGGCGCCUCCGUCCUCAAGGCCAACCCAGCCUCCUCCCCAAAGGAUCUCAUCAGGGCCUCCACACGAACCUUACGGUGCAGCUGCCCCGCCUCCUCAGCACCCUUCUUCAAUGCCCUCUCUUACACCUGCUCGACCGCCUGAGCCUCGAAAGUCAAAUAUCAUGUCGCUUUUGAACGAUGAUCCUCCGCCCCCUAAGCGGGUCGCUGAGGUUACGCAAAGUCACACACCUGGACCAUCUUCAACGCCGCCAUCCCAGGGUAUCGGUCGGCCUCCACCACCUGCGGCCGCAUCUACACAGGCUCCUCCGAUUCGCCGGGAAACAGACUCUCACUACUCUCCCUAUGGACGAACGCCAUCCAGUGGACCAUCGGCCAUGCCUUCUCUAAAACCUCCUUAUUCUUCCUCGCCAGCUUCCUCGCAACAUAUCAGUGGACACCGAAGCAUGCCAUCUGAUUCCGCGGUAGAGGUUGAUUAUUAUGGACGGCAUGCAUAUCCACAAAGCCAUCCAGCAAGCGGAACAAACUCUCCCCAGACGUCGCAGCGUUACCCUCCACCUCCGCAGUCCAGUCAAUCUCAGUAUCAGUCUCAGACAGGAUAUCCCACAGCCUACGGAGGAGGGCCUCAGCCGGCGCAUAUUACCUCGCCGCCGACGCAGCAGUACGCAACUCACUCAUCGUCAAGGAGCCGUGAAAUUCCACCAAGUAGCCGUGACAACGUAUGGCCGUCGUCUGGCCAUCAAGCUCAGCCUUCUGAUAUUCGAUCACAAGGCAACAGCUGGCCGUCUCAACCUCCCAAGGCAACACAGGCGCCUCCUCCGCACUCCCAACCGGCUUGGGGAUCCCAGCACCCUUCGACAAAACCAGGGACUCCCGCUCCGGCAUGGCCAGCAGCCGCUCCACCGUCCCAACAGCACAUGUCUCUGAGAGAUGACCGGCCUCCUUCAAUAUACGGACAGGGCACCUCGGGCUUGUCGCAGCAACACUCGCUACAGUCUCGCUAUCCGCAGACGACGCGAGCGCCGGAGCCCAUGUCUUCUAGUGCUCAGCCAUACCCGCGUUACACGUCAACUCCCGGGCCGGCGCCACCACGAGAUCCUCGGGACCCUCGCGACCCUCGAGAUCCAAGAGAUCCAAGAGAUGUUCCGCCUAGCCGAAGCUAUACUCCAAGUGUUUACGAUAGCCGCGGGCCGCCACCUCCUCAGCCUCAAGUACAUGUUUAUCCAGCACCAGACCCAAGAGAGAUGCAGCCACGUGACUCGAGAGACCCGAGAGAUCAAAGAGAUCCGCGAGAUCGAGACCCAAGAGACUUGCGAGACCCCAGAGAUCCAAGAGACCCGAGAGACCCGCGUGACAUAAUGAACCGGGGCAGUCUUCGACCUCACGAGUACGACAGGCACCCUGAUAGGUUCGGACGCUGAAGAGCGCCUGUUGACGACCAUUGGAUGAGCAAGGGAAAAUAACAUGAGGAGUCCUCAUUAUAAUCCAUGUGUUUUGCCUUGCCAUUGCUCGUUGCUUUUCCAAGUUUUUGUAUACGCGUCUUUACUGUCAUCAAUCUACACGAGUUGGGUGUAAAUCUAUAGAGGGCACUUUAGGGUACUGGGGUGAUUAUAUAGGAAGUCUCCGGGUGGGUUUAUGCAAUGUUGAUGGAGGCCAAUUGUGAAUCGGAGGGAGGGGAUCUGGUGUGUUUACUCUUUGUUUAAAAACGUGUUGUUUAUGGAAUUGCGACUGUUAUAGGAUGUUUUUGAGUUUGGACAGGACUGCAGUGUGAGAUUGCUGGUUGUGGAGGAUCGCUUUGUGGCGAUAUUGUAUGAUAUUUAUCUCGAACAAUGAAGUAUAUCUUCAGUAUAUGAAUUUUGAUUUCACAUCUUCUUGUGUGAAACUUGAUGUUAGAAAUAGAAUAGCC